AAAGACUGUUGCUUCUCCUCUCAGUACCGUCUCCAAUAGUCUCAGUCCAUUUCGGGAGUCGAGCCGGUCAUUCUCUGACGUGCCCGGAACAUGCAUUUUGGCGCAAAGCAGAUGUUGAAUUCAUUCGCGUUUUAUUAACAGAUUGGUUAGGCUAUUUGUUGUUGUGAGUUUCCCCCCUCCAAGUCCUUUUCUUGCAACAAAAGAGACAGUCUACAAGAUCCUUACAAUUUCAAAAAAAACUACAAAAUGGCACUUCAGAAUAAAAUCCUUCAACUGAGCCGCAGGAGUGUUUUGGGAGAAAUGCUCAAUAAGAGGUUUGUAAGUAAUUCUCCCGCGCUGCUCAAAUCAGCAACCAGCGAGUCGCUCCGGAUCUCUGCGACCGGAGAAGAGACUUUCCCGGAGGGUUUGAUCACACCGGGGGCCAGGGCGGAGGUGGUCGCUAAGGAGACCCGGAUCAAGAGUCUGAAAGAGAUGCCGGGACCCAGCGCCAUCAGCAACCUGAUCGAGUUCUUUUACCGGGACGGUUUCAGUAGAAUCCACGAAAUUCAGAUGGAACACUCUCAGAAGUAUGGGAAGAUUUUUAAGUCUCGUUUCGGCCCCCAGCUGGUCGUGUCUAUCGCAGGGCGGGAUCUGGUUGCCGAGGUGCUGAGGACGGAGGGUGUGGCCCCGCAGAGAGGCAACAUGGAGUCUUGGAAGGAGUACCGUGACCUGAGAGGCCGAUCUACCGGACUUAUCUCGGCGGAGGGUGAGGACUGGUUGAAGAUGCGUAGCGUCCUCCGUCAGCUGAUCAUGAGACCGAAGGACGUGGCUCAGUUCUCUGACGAUGUGAAUGAUGUGGUGUGUGACCUGGUGAAGAGGGUGGAGACUCUGAGGAGCCAGCAGACAGACGGACUCACUGUACUCAAUAUUAACGAUCUGUUUUUCAAAUACGCAAUGGAAGGUAUGGCAGCCAUCUUGUACGAGGACCGUCUGGGCUGCUUGGAGAAUGAGAUUCCUCAGAAGAGUCAGGACUACAUCGCGGCUCUGCACCUGAUGUUCAGUUCCUUUAAAAUGACCAUGUACGCCGGGGCCAUCCCCAAGUGGCUCAGAACCAUCAUCCCCAGGCCCUGGGAGGAGUUCUGCAGCUCCUGGGACGGACUCUUCAGCUUCAGCCAGAUCCAUGUGGAUAAGCGUCUGGGGGAGAUCCAGGAUCUGGUGUCCCGAGGAGAGACGGUGAAGGGGGGGCUUUUAACUCACAUGCUGGUGACCCGAGAGAUGAACCUGGAGGAGAUCUACGCUAACAUGACUGAGAUGUUACUGGCUGGGGUGGACACGACAUCAUUCACCCUGUCCUGGGCCUGUUACCUCUUGGCCCGUCACCCUGAGGUCCAGCAGGAGAUCUACGAGGAGGUGACGAGGACUCUGGGACACGGGACCAUCCCCACCGCUGAUGACGUCCCCCGUCUACCCCUCAUCAGAGGACUAGUGAAGGAGACACUAAGAAUGUUUCCUGUUCUGCCGGGCAAUGGGCGUGUUACCCAGGAUGACUUGGUGGUCGGUGGUUACUUCAUCCCCAAAGGGACCCAGUUGGCUCUAUGUCACUACUCCACCUCCAUGGACGAGGAGAAUUUCCCCGGAGCGGAUAACUUCCGUCCCGACCGCUGGAUCAGGAAGGACGCUACGGACCGGGUGGAUAACUUCGGCUCGAUCCCGUUCGGCUACGGCAUCAGGAGCUGCAUCGGCAGGAGGAUAGCUGAGCUGGAGAUGCACCUGGCUCUGACACAGCUGAUCCAGAGAUUCCAGAUUGGGAUGUGUCCCGUCACAGAAGAAAUCAAAGCCAAAACUCACGGCCUCCUCUGUCCUGCUGCGCCCAUCAACCUGCAGUUCGCUGACAGACAACCCUAGACCAAAACCCACGGCCUCCUCAUCGACCCGCUGACAGACAACCCUAGACCAAAACCCACGGCCUCCUCAUCGACCCGCUGACAGACAACCCUAGACCAAAACCCACGGCCUCCUCAUCAACCCGCCUACAGACAACCCUAGACCAAAACCCACGGUCUCCUCAUCAACCCGCUGACAGACAACCCUAGACCAAAACCCACGGCCUCCUCAUCGACCCGCUGACAGACAACCCUAGACCAAAACCCCAUGGCCUCCUCUGUCCUGCUGCGUCCAUCAACCUGCUGACAGACAACCCUAGACCAAAACCCACGGCCUCCUCAUCAACCCGCCUACAGACAACCCUAGACCAAAACCCACGGUCUCCUCAUCAACCCGCUGACAGACAACCCUAGACCAAAACCCCCACGGCCUCCUCAUCAACCCUCUGACAGACAACCCUAGACCAAAACCCCCACGGCCUCCUCAUCAACCCCCUGACAGACAACCCUAGACCAAAACCCCCACGGCCUCCUCAUCAACCCUCUGACAGACAACCCUAGACCAAAACCCCCACGGCCUCCUCAUCAACCCUCUGACAGACAACCCUAGACCAAAACCCCCACGGCCUCCUCAUCAACCCCCUGACAGACAACCCUAGACCAAAACCCACGGCCUCCUCAUCAACCCGAGGACAGACAACCCUAGACAGAUACACUGUUUAACUCCUUUCUGUAAAAGGUCUCCUGGACACAUCGAGCACAUCUUAUCUCUCUAGUGUGGAGGGAAAUGGGGGAAUAACUGACAGACCAACAUAAGGCAGGUUUAUAGUCCGUCCAGCCACGUCUGUAGGGGAAUAACUGACAAGACAACCACAAGGCAGGUUUAUAGUCCGUCCAGCCACGUCUGUAGACCAUUAGAAGGCGACAAGUGUCUUUUGGCUAAAUCGACAUUACAUUGACCCUGUCACCUCUUAAAGAAGUUCACAACCUCAGACAGAAUUCAUUUAAAAAAUAUUUUUUUGUCACAUUCACAACCGUAAGUCAGCUAUUUUGAAGCGGGGGGGGUUUAUGUCAUACAUCCUGAUAGUUUCAGAAUGGGAGGAUAAUGGCAGCCAUUUUGGUGAAGGAGGAACCAAAACCAGUUGAAUUGGGGCUCAUUGGCAGAACAGGCAAAAGGUGACGCAGUUUCUGCUUUAACUGUUACACUUUGACAUGCGAUGUAUCAUACGUUGUUUUUUUAAGAGAAUUAUUGUCAUAUACUUUCUACAUGUUUUAUACCAUUCUAUACCCAGAUGCUAUUGUUCUGUGUAAACAGCCUCUAAGAUACAGACCAUAAAUAUCAGCUUUUUUAAAAUAUAUAUACAAUAUCAAUACUUGUUUCAUUUACAACUUGUCUAAGUCCUGUCAUCAGGACAGUGUCUGGCUGUGGAUUGGCUGCAUUGUUUGAAUGGAAUGUUGGCAUAUUGGCAGUUAAAUUAAAAAAAAUCUAAAUCCAUGAAUUGUUCCUCUAAAAGUGGCUAGCUAGCUAACCAACAAAACUGUGCAGUUAUAUCUACAAAUGCAUUUCUUUUACAGAGUAUUUUCAUUUGUUAUUUGAUUAAAGUGUUCCUUUACGGAAGAUGGAUGAUUUAAAAAAAAAAAAAGUUGUUAUGAUGAAUUAAAGUUGGUUAUAGUCAAAACGUUGUCAGAUAUGUGCGGGUCAUUUUGAAAUGGCUAACAAGCUAACAACUAACAAGCUAUCAACUAGCAAGCUAACAACUAGCAAGCUAACAACUAACAAGCUAACAACUAACCAAAACCAUUGUUUAGAACGUUGCUUUUAGUUGCCUGGCUUGUUAGAUUGACGUUAUCCAAAAUAUUUUUUUUGUAAUGGAUGGGUUUAUUUGGUGUUUAAAAUAUAGCAGCUAUGCCAUUUGAAGCAGAGACUAGAAUAACCUGUCUGUAGAGGCUAUAAAUGAGCACACAGAAACUAACCCAGUGCACUUCUUCAAAUCUCUUACAAUCCUAUACGCUCAAAAGGUAUUUUUUGUUGGUUUGGGCUGACUGACCUUGAAUUGUUCACAUUUGUUAUGAGGGUUCUUCCUGGACUUGUUUUCUGGUCAUGUGAGCGAAAGAGAGAGAGAGAGAGAGAGUGACGAUUGUUUUAUACUGUAUGUAAGGAAGCACUGCAGAAACCGUAUUUAAAGAAAGGAUUGAAAUGGAGAGCGGGGCUUGUCGAAGGGCAGAGGUCCUUCUGUUUGAGGAGGAAGAAUGUAUUGUUUUUUUAAAUAGAGAUUCCAGAUCUGGAAAUCUAAGGGAAAGGUAUUUGAACGUGUCGUGUUGUUUUGGCCUCGUACUGCUCUGAGCAGUGGAACGAGUCGGAAGACAAAAGGUCUAACUGAGUCUCCAUGUUUACUUGUGAGGAAGACAAUUGGAUGUUCAUCUUUGAUUAGUAGGCUUAACGCCUGACCCGUUUCUAUAAAUUCCUGUCACGUUAACUAAUUGAGAUGGUGGUUCCAUGUCCUAGAAUAAAGUCACUUCCUGUUGAGUUCUGUA